AAACACACACACACACACACACACACACACACACGCACAAUCACACUCUCUGCUUUUUCGCCCCUCUUGCGUGCUGCGUACUUGCAGUGCAAACGGCAGACAAGAAUCUAGACCUUCAUACUCACACACACACACACACACACACACACACACAGUGCUCUACCUUUCUACCAGACAGCAGCUCUGUCCUAUAUCUCUCCCUUUCUUCCUCCCUCUCUCCCUGUCUCCCUCUCUCUCUCUCUCUCUCUCUGCUGGCAGGUGUUAGGCAGAUAAAACAAUAAAUAACUCUUUGAGGGAGAGAGAUGGAAGGGGGGAGUCUUCGGAAGAGGUUUUUGCCAGUAGAGCCAUGAGAGGAGAGGGAGAAUAAAGACAGGAAGACAGAGAAAGGGAAUCCACUCAGAGAGAAACCGGACCGGACAAGUGGCUCUGAGCAGUUUUUUUUUUUUUUUUUUGCCUUGUUUUGGCUUUUUCUUUUUCUUUUUUUUUUUGGAAGGAGGGCUGGCGAGGAGCGAAAGCGUGCGCAGGGACAGGGGACUGCUCCGUCUCGUCUGGUCUCCGCGACCGGGAGCUGGUGCACUGGCAGCAAGAGGAGGAGGAGGAGGCGGAGGAGGAGGAAGAGGAGUGGAGAGGAAGAGCAGCGGACGCCACAGCGCAGUCAUGGAUAACACAGCACCCCAGCCAGUCCAUCAGAUGACCCAGAAUCCCACUCUGCUGCAGAUUGUUGCCCGGCCCAGAGGAAGUCACCCUCUAUGAGCUCCAAUGCAUCCCGCUCGUCAUGCUCCCUGGAUAUGGAUUUCCCCCUCUCCCUGACUUCCAGCCCCACCUCCACGCUCUCCGCUGCCGAGGGGAGGGCCCCAACAUGUGGAUCCCGGGUUCACCCGAGUCCCAGGCUUUGAGCGAGGCCCGGAAGGACAGGGCCUUUCCGCGACCGCCCCAUCACCACGUGGCCGUGUGCAAGCAGGAGACGCUGGCCUUCACCGAGCUGCCGCCGCCCGCCCCCAACGGCCUGGGCCCCUCCCCCCCUUCCCCGAACGGACGCUCUCUGACCCCGCCGCCGGACCCGGGGCAGGGCGCCGGUCUGGGCCCCCGCGCGGCCCUGGAUGCACGGAGGGUUCCGGAGCAUGGCGAGGGAUCGAGCGUCGUCCCCGACCCCGGCGGGACAGGUCCCAAACGCGGCGAGGGACCCAGCGACGUGCCCGUCUUCGCGCAGCCCCGCCCCCCUCUGACGCUCCCUCUCUUCCUCCCCUUGUCCUCGUCCCCAGACAGCAGCCACCAUCCUCACUCCCAGAGGUCCUGUUCCCUAGAUUUAGGAGUCUGCAGUCCUGCUCCCUGCAGUCCCCAGAGACGCACGUCCUACGGGGACAUCAAAGAGAAAUCUAUCAGGCGUAAGAUGCGGGUGUAUUCCCCCGAAAGUCUGAGCGAUGACUCUCUCAGCAGCCCCAGCCCAGAGUGUGAGUAUUUAUUUCCGGGGCCCUUUCUGGAAGAAGGCCUAGAGCUGGGGCUGGUCUCCCCCACGCUGCCCUCGGCGCCUUCCCCUACCCCUCCAGCAGGCGGCGCCGGAGACCCCCUGCCCGACGCCCUCCCCGAUCUGCCGCCGUCACCCGAGCCAGCCCCGGGAGGCAGGAGCUGGCGGGACGGGUCGGCGUGCGCGGGCGCGGGCGGCCCGACUCCCGAGGCCCUCCCGCCGCCGGGGGGCCUCCACGCCCGUCGUCACGGCGACCAGGAGAGGAGGCGGUUCUCCGCGUCGGAGCUGAUCUCGCGACUGCAGCUUUCCCAGCGGAAAAGCUCCUUGGCCCUGAAGCUGGGCAAGUCCCUGUCCGCCCGCGUGGCCUCCAGGGACCGGCAGCCCCCCCGCAGCCACAGCCCCAGCAACAAAUCCAGCUCCAGAGAUCGCAGUUCAGGGGGGUCGAGUGACAGCGCCCCCCACAGCCCCAUGGGUCCCAGCCCGCCCGCCCUGCUGUCGCCCCCUGCUGACGGUACCACGCCACUGCACAGGGGGAGCGCCAGGCUCAGUGCGAGGAAGGACUCCAUCGAGGAGCACGUGGGCACCUCAGUGACUCUUAGCAGCAAUCGUCUGUCCCGGUUCCUGCCCAGCCUGAUACUGUACCAGGAGUACAGCGAUGUGGCCAUCAACAGGGAAAUCCAGCGGCAGCAGGGGGUGGAGCCGGGGGCUGACGACGAGAGGCUCGGGAACGGGGAGGCGGGGGAGGCCACGCCCCCCGACAACCUCUCUCCAACCAGCUCCUUCCGCUCGUCGCGGGGCUCCGCCUUCUCGCUGUGGCAGGACAUCCCCGACGUGCGCAGCAGCGGCACGCUGGACUCCUUCAGCAACGAGGAGAGGAAACUGCAGGAGGCUAAAUUUGAGCUGGUGACGUCGGAGGCCUCCUACAUACGCAGCCUGGCCAUCGCGGUGGACCACUUCAUGCUGUCCCGGGACCUGAGCGAGUGCCUGGGGGCCCAGGAGAGGCAGUGGCUGUUCUCCAAGCUGCCCGACGUGAAGGACGUCAGCGAGAGGUUCCUGCAGGACCUGGAGCAGCGUUUAGAGGAAGACAUACUGCGUUUUGACGUGUGUGACAUCGUCCUGGCUCACUGCCCUGCCCUGCGCAGGGUCUACCUUCCCUACGUCACCAACCAGGCCUACCAGGAGCAGACCUACCAGCGCCUGCUACAGGAGAACCCCAGGUUUCCCGGAAUUCUGGCUCGUCUGGAGGAAGACCCCAUCUGCCAGCGUCUUCCUCUCACCUCCUUCCUCAUCCUCCCGUUCCAGCGGAUAACGAGGCUAAAGAUGCUGGUGGAGAAUAUCCUGAAGAGGACAACCCCUGGAUCUCGAGAUGAGGACACUGCCACCAAAGCUUUUAAUGAGCUGAAAAAGAUCAUAAAGGAAUGUAAUUCCAGUGUUCAGUCAAUGAAGAGAACUGAAGAACUCAUUCACUUAAAUAAGAAAAUCCACUUUGAGGGAAAGAUCUUCCCGCUGAUUUCUCAGUCUCGGUGGCUGGUGAAACACGGGGAAUUGCUGGAGGUGGACACGCAGACCAUGAGUAUAUCCGGGUCAAAGUUGAAGCUGCCCACUCGGCCGGUCUACCUGCACCUGUUCAACGAUCGCCUUCUGCUGUCCCGGAAGAAGGACACGUGGAAGUUUGUGGUGUUUGUGCAUGCCAGGAUUGGGCAGCUGAAGGUGAAGGACCUGAGCCAGAAGCUGCAGGGCAUCUCUGGCUUCAUCUUCCACUUGCAGCUGUGCGACGGGCCACAGUUCAAGCACCAGAUCCUGCUGAAAGCCCGCACGGAGAGUGAGAAGCAGCGCUGGAUCUCGGCCAUGUUUCCCCCGGAUCUGGAGUCCAGUGGAGAGCAGACGAGGGAGAACGACGAUCUCUCCCAGGUGCAGUGCAUCAAGAGCUACCAGGCCGUGGAACACGACGAGCUGACUUUGGAGAAGGCCGACAUUCUUCAGGCGAAGACCAUCACAAGCGACGGCUGGGUGGAGGGGAUCCGGCUAUUUGACGGGGAGAGGGGCUGGUUCCCCAAAUCCUACGUGGAGGAAAUCACGAGUCGCACCGCUCGGCUACGAAACCUCCGGGAGAACGACCGCAUCAAGUGCGCCACCCAGAAGCUGGAGGAGGAGCUCCUGUAGGGGGCGCCACCCCAAACACACACGGACACUAUCGCCGCCCUGCGGGCCGAACAGUAUGACUGCAGUGUGACUCCUGUAGGGGGCGCCACCCCAAACACACACGGACACUAUCGCUGCCCUGCGGGCCAAACAGUAUGACUGCAGUGUGACUCCUGUAGGGGGCGCCUCCCCAAACACACACGGACACUAUCGCCGCCCUGCGGGCUGAACAGUAUGACUGCAGUGUGACUCUUCCGCAACCCCCCCGCCACCCCCCCCCCCUUUUUCACCAAACCUCAGUCCUAAGCUUGUUGCAUGACUGCCCCUGCAGUUGGGUUCCUGUAUACAGUGGGUGUUGGGUCCGCAUGGGUUGAGUUGGAAGGCGCACAGUUGCAUCCUGACUGUCCCACGGACUACAGUCCCCACGUUAAGCGUUUAAUCCCGUUACAGAUUUCAGCACUUUCAUCUUUCCCCGGUUCCCUGCCCCCUACCCAAACCAUCAACUUUAGGCACGGCAUUUUGAGAGGAUUGUGUCGGAGAACAACUCAGAAGGUGCUAGAAACUUUUUUUCCUCCUCUCACAAAUUUGUUAAAAAAAACUAUUUUUAAUUUAAGAUCAUUUUUACUGCUGCAUUCGUGCAUUCAUUUGAGUAUAGUUGUUCAUCUUGUAUAUAGGCCAUAAUGUAAAUUGGCAUGGAAGUACUGUUUUUUUUAAGUUAAAGUAUGAUACAGAGCAAAAUUCCCAGGUUCUGAUAAAAAUGUCCCCUUUUGUUCAGGAAAUACUGUACAUUUAAGAUGAAAUUAUGCCACGGCUAGAAGCACACCCAUUAAUUAUUCAGAGAGCACACAAGACAAAGUUAUGGCGUUGGCAAUGUAAAUAUGGUAGUAUGUUUUAUUCAGAGGCAACUGCAAGUGCUCUUUUGAGUUAACAUAAGCUAGUAGAUGUUUCUUCCCAGCUCAAAAUAAAUGCUAAUAAUUCAGAUAA